UCAAAUCGGAAAGCUCGAGAGUUCCUUUGAUUUUAUCAGAGAGAGGGGUCUGUCAGUGUUUAUAUUGCAAUUUUGACAGUAAUAUUUUGUAUUCAUGGCAAAGACUGACAAUUUUCCACUGAAACAUAUUGCAGAGCUGAAUCUAAAGAUCACCAGCAACUGGAGGAUCAAGGCCAAACUUUCCUUCACAAACGAAAAGACAAAAGUGGCCCCUUUCAAAAGUGGCGAUGGAAAAAUAUGCAGGGUAAUUUUAGAGGAUGAAACUUCCAAAAUUGUAGGCAUUUCCUUUGGAAGUCUGGCAGAAUGUGUUGCAUCAAAAGUGACACAUAAUAGGGAAUAUUAUAUUAAAGGAGCCAAAAUUAAGAAUGUCUACAAAACAAAUAAUGUGGGCCAUGGAUAUGAGCUUCACUUUGCAGAAGGCACAGAAUUUCAAGAUGCAUCUAAUGGAAAAAUCAUUUGUCUUGAUAAAAAAACUGUCCAAAGUUGUGAAAAGAAAGUCAGUAAAGCAGGGAAUAGCAGUGGUACAAGCAGAAAUGGAGGUUUGAAUCUGAAACCCACAUGUCUGAGGGAGGUUCGGCAGGCCUCUCAGAAUUUAUUGGAUGCCCAGAAAUUUGAUAUAUUGGCAAUCUUGAAAAAGACUAAAAAACCAGAGCCAAAGCAAAAUGGGAUGAUGAAGAGAUUUUAUAGAAAAGAGAUUACCCUUAUAGAUGAGACAGGGGAGGUAAUCCUUAGCCUGGCUUCUAGCAAGAAGAAAGAUUUUGAUAAACAUUCGUGGUUGAAAAGUACAAUAAGGGUGAUAGUAGUUAAAGGAUGUGUUUGGAAGAAGAAAGGAACCACAG